AUGGCACAUGCAAUCACUAUGCAGGCCCAGGACAUGACUAACCAAUUCAACCGGCAGAAUGUUCAAAGGGAGAACCCACCGGUUCGUAGCAUGGCUAACAUGCUGCAAGACCUCACGAGGAUGAAUCCUCCUAUUUUCACAUGGUCCAAGACUUCAGAGGAUACCCAGGAGUUCAUGGAUGAGGUACACAAGAUUUUGGUGGCCAUGGGGGCCACAGAUACUGAGAAGGCUGAGCUAGCUUCUUAUCAGUUCAAGGAUGUUACACAGAGUUUGUGCAAGAUGUGGCAGGAUAGUCGAGCUUUGGGCGGAGUUCCGGUCACUUGGAAGCUUUUUAAGAAAGCAUUCCUGGAGAGAUUCUUUCCCAGGGAGAUGACGGACGCCAGGGUUGAGGAGUUCAGCAACCUUAAACAGGUAUCUAUGACAGUCAGGGAGUAUUCCCUCAAGUUCAUUAAACUGUCCAGUGGUUAG